AACAGCGGGCGGCCACGCCGGUCGCGGAGCAGCGGCGGGCAAAGGCGAUUAGGAGGCAGCAAGAAGAGACGCACGUCGUGGCCAAGUCGAACAGCAGUAGCGUUAAGGCAGUCUGAGAGAAUGGCUCGCGGCGCAGCACGCUGGAGCGUUCUGCUGGGCUCGCUGGCCCUCGCGCUGGCCCUAAUCGCGCCCUUCACCGCAGCUUUAUCCAAAAGGGACCUAUACCAAUAUGUCGGAUCGGGUUCUAACGUCCUCGAAACCGAUAGCAACAGAAUGCUGAUAUCCGCCGAGGCUGUUCUCAAAACACCCAUCGUUUUCUACGACAAAAUCUACAACUCGAUAUUCGUAAAUGGAAAUGGCGUUCUCUCAUUUGCCAGAGCCAUGCAGAGGUUUUUCAACAUUGCGUUCCCUCUUGAUGAUCCAGUCAUCGCGCCUCUUUACACGCACGUUGAUACAAGAGCUUCCGGAACGAUUUAUUGGAGCGAAACUGACUCCCCUGAGGUUCUCGCUAGAGCCGGAGGACUGAUUCGUAGCGCUUUCAAAAACGCCACUAACUUUGUGCCCACACAUGUCUUUUUGGCCACUUGGAUGGACGUUGGUUAUUACAAUGAGCGAAAUGAUAAGGUGAAUACUUAUCAAGUCGCUAUAUCAUCCAACGGUACGCAUUCCUUUGUUGAACUACUGUACCCGGAAAAUGGUAUACAGUGGAUCCAGGGUGAAUCGCAUCCUAACGGUCUCCCAGAUGCCAAGGCACAGGCAGGAUUCAUGAGCGAGGGCAAAAUGUAUACCCUUAGGGGCUCGGGCACAGACCAAAUUCAGAAUGUCGACAAGUGGUCGAAUGUAAAUAGGCCUGGCCAGUGGCUGUUUCAAGUCGGUCCUAUCGACGAAAGCGAAAAUGUAAAGACACCCGAUAAUGUCGAAGACACGAUGACUAUGCAUCAAGCGGCCAGCUGUAGGACCGGCGCCACCACUUGCCACAGCAAAGCGACCUGCAUCGAUUACGAGAUCGGAUUCUGCUGCAGUUGCAAGCAGGGCUAUUUCGGCAACGGGAAAUCCUGCCAGCCAAACGACGUGCCACUCCGAGUUAUUGGUCGAAUAACUGGCAAGCUAAACGGCGUCGAAUUUCCCUCGAGGGAUCUUCAAUGUUACGUGCAAACCAAAGAUGGACGAACGUACACGGCCUUAUCAAGGAUACCUGAAGAAAUCGGUGCUAGUUUUCAACUUUUGGGCAAUUUAGGUGGCGUGAUUGGCUGGCUAUUCGCAAAACCCGUCAGCGAUACUGAGAACGGAUACGAGCUUACAGGCGGCUUAUUCAAUCACACGGCGGAGCUGAACUUCCCGUCGAGCGGUGACAAAGUGACGAUACGCAGUAAUUACCUCGGAUUGGACGUCUUCGGUCAGCUGAAAAUGGAAGCGGACAUCACGGGUACGGUGCCGCAUCUGGAGCGGGACACCAGGAUAGAGUACGGCGAUUACGACGAGCUCUACACACGCGCCAAGCCGGGAUUGAUCCGUUCUCAAAGCGAGCGCACCUGUAAACUUUCGCGUGGCGGCGGGGACGAACGGGAGAUCGCUUUCAAGCUGGAUCAGAUAAUCAACUAUCGGGAGUGCCCGCACGCUGUCUUCGAUCCCGAGGACGACACAACCAGGCUGAAGUACUUCAGGGGUGUCACUGCUUACGAGGGCACCGAAGGCAUUAUACGAUUCGCCGUCAACACUAAGAUAACACCCCUCGAGGAGGAGGACCCGUGUAUUCAGGGACGACAGACUUGCGGUGAUCACAGCUCUUGUGUGGUCGACGGAGACAGCUUCAGAUGCGUGUGUAACGCAGGGUAUCAGUAUCUGUACGAGGAAGACGGCAGUGCGAUUUGCGUGGACGUGAACGAAUGCACAGCCGGUAAUCACAUGUGUUCCCCAGACGCUCAAUGUAUUAAUCAAGAAGGCAGCCACAUGUGCCAAUGUAGAGCUGGCUUUACGGGAGACGGUCGUGUUUGUGAAAGGUUGCCAUCUUGCGAGGAUACUCGUUGCGGAAAUUAUGAACAAUGUUCAAUGAUCGGAGGUGUACCUACGUGCACCUGUAUUCCUGGUUUUGAGGAAACAGAUCAGGGAUGUUACCCUUCACAACAUGUACCCUGUAACGAGGAGGAUAACUGUUCCCCAUACGGACUCUGUAGUUUCGACGGGAAUAGGAAGAAACACGUGUGCGUUUGUAUGCCUGGUUAUAUCGGCGAUGGAUACACGUGUUACUCCGAAUCCGACGUCACCACAACAGACGGACCGCCGCAACCGCAGUGCGUGGUUGGAGUGUGUUGGUGCCCGAAUGGUUGGGAAUUCCGUGACUAUGCCUGCGUGAGGCAAGAGGGAGAACAAUACGAACAUACGACAGUUGACUAUAAAAUGCGAGACUUAUCUUGCAACGUGGUGAACAGGUGUCAUCCUUACGCCCAGUGCAUCUACGUGACGAGUACCGGCGAUUACGAGUGCCGCUGUAAUCCGGGAUACGAGGGCGAUGGUAUGGAAUGCACCAAGACAGAGGUAUCCUGCUUGGAAGUGGAUAUCUGCGACCUCAAUGCGUCCUGCCAGUACGAGGAGCCGAUGGCAAAAUGCGUGUGCAAUCCAGGAUACGUCGGCGACGGAACAACAUGCAGUCGUAUCGACGAGUGCAACGAUAAUUCCGAGUGCGAGACGAACGAACAAUGCACCUACCAUCCCAUGAACUCGCGCUACGAGUGCACCUGCAAGCCCGGAUUCAGUAUAGAUGUGGACGAUCGAUGCGUGCCGUCCGAUUGCUCGACGAAUCUUUCUCAGUGCCACGUAAACGCGCAAUGCGUGCCGUCCGGCGACGGUAGUGGCUACAAAUGCGUCUGCAUAAACGGCUAUCACGGCGACGGUAUACGUCAGUGUGUGGAGGACCAUAUUGGCUGUAACGUUUUGAAUAACUGCGGCCGAAACGCAAUUUGUGGAUACAAUCAGACGUCCGCGAAUUUCGCGUGUGUCUGCCAACCGGGUUACUAUGGUAAUGGUUUUACAUGUCGGCCACAAUCUUCGUGCAGACAUGAUCCUAAUCUCUGCUCUUCCGAUGCAAAGUGCGUGUCGACUGGUGAAAAUCAAUUCGCUUGCGUUUGCAACGAGGGUUACGUCGGCGAUGGCAUAAAUUGUAAGCGCCGGCCGACGCACGACUCUAACUUUUUGCUGGUGAACCAAGGAAUGGCCACGCAUCGGAUACCGUUCGUGCCCACACGACAGAAUCCAGGAAAUCCGAUCUACAUAGCUUAUACGCAAAUGGCGAUAGCUCUAGAUAUCGAUUGCCUUGGCGGUAAAGCUUACACCAGCGAUAUCACUGGCAACAGGAUAGUCGAACUAUCUUAUAACGGAUCGAUGGCAGCGACAUUUAUUCCGAAAGUUAGCAGUCCCGAGGGACUGUCGGUCGAUUGGGUCUCGAGGAACAUCUUCUGGACCGACUCAGGCAAGACGACCGUCGAGGUUGCUAGUCUAGUGACAAAGAAACGCAAAGUCCUCGUUUCCGAUGGACUGGUCAAUCCGAGGGGAAUAGCUGUUCAUCCAUAUCGGGGAAAAAUAUUUUGGUCUGAUUGGAAUCGCGCCGCUCCGAAACUGGAGUGGGCUAAUGAAGAUGGAACAGAUCGAGCAAUCUUCCUUCAGGGUGAUUACGUUAAGCUACCAAAUUCAUUAACUAUCGAUUGGGCGACAGAUGAGCUGUGUUGGGCCGACGCCGGAACCUUCACGAUAAGUUGUAUUGAAAUAGACAAUAGGAAGGUCACUAUUGUCGCAAAUGAACUCUCUUAUCCGUUUGGCUUGGCAAUUUCACAGAGUCAUUAUUACUGGACCGACUGGAAAACACACAAGAUCGAAGUCGGCAUGAAGACUAAUGGCGAAAGACGCACACCACUGUCUAUCCCGCCAGGUGGAAGCGGGAAACUAUACGGUAUCGUGGUCGUUCCUGAGUCAUGUCCCAGAGUGACAAAUGUAUGCCAGUACGAUAACGGAAGGUGCAACAAGAAUCAACUUUGUCUACCGGACGGCCAGGGCGGCAGAACGUGUGCGUGCGCUGAUGAUGCGACAGGACCCUGUACCGACUCCCGUUAUUAGUCUUAGAUCCUUCUUUGAUUUUGUGCGAAAAUAAAACAACGCAAAAAUCCCGCCUCGCGUUCGAUAUUACGGUAGCUGAUAAGAAAAUCUCGCACUGUGUGGCGUUCACGUCGAGCUAAAAAUCGCAAUAAUCAUUAGACCAAAUAUAAAUUUUAAUAUUAUUCGUAAUAUUAAUUAGCUGUCACCGAUACUCUCAAAUAACGUCUACUUUUGUAUUAUCUAUCAAUCGCGACAACGCGAUACAACCUGUACUGCGACUCGAUCUUAUUUAAUAAAAAUGAAGGAAACAGCGAG